UUUUAGUUUCUCAUUCAGAGUCUUCGGAUUGGACUCAUCCCAUCCGUGCCUGGGCUCUGUGGAUCAAGCAUGGAGAAGGAGUGGAGAUUACUUGGUUUCCUUGUUCUGUCAUUAUGUUUUCUUGUCAGCAAUGGUCAAAACAUUGUCUGUACACAGAACACAGUGGCUGACAUUGUAUUCCUGGUGGAUGGCUCUACCAGUAUUGGGCAGGAGAACUUCCAACAAAUCCGUGAAUUCCUCUCCUCAGUCGUAGAGAACUUCGAAGUUGCUCCUGACAGAAUCAGGAUUGGUUUGGUCCAGUACACUGACACACCAUAUACUGAAUUCACACUCAACACUUACCAGAACAAAGAGGAAAUUCUCAGCUACAUCCAAAAUCUGCGUUAUAAAACCGGCAGGACAUUUACCGGCAAGGGUUUGGAGUUUAUGCUGAAACAACACUUUGUUGAAAAGGCCGGAAGUCGAGCACAGCAGAAUGUUCCUCAGAUUGCCAUUGUUAUCACAGAUGGUGACUCUCAAGAUGAGGUCGAGUCACAGGCUCAGGAGCUGAGGCAAAGGGGAAUCAAAAUAUUCGCCAUAGGGAUCAAAGAUGCAAAUGUGGCAUUACUGAGGCUGAUCGCGAGUGAGCCGUAUGAUCAGCAUGUCUACAGCGUAUCAGACUUUGUAGCUCUGCAAGGAAUCUCUCAGAGUGUAAUCCAGAAAGUAUGCACCACUGUAGAGGAAACACAAAAAGAGGUCAUCCUGAUGUCAAGAGGCUGCAACCAGACUGCUCAGGCAGACAUUGUCCUCCUUGUUGACUCAUCUGGUAGCAUUGGAGAGAGUGAUUUCCAAGAAGUGAGGAAGUUCCUCCAUGCUUUUGUGGAUCGAUUUAACCUUAGACCCGACAAGGUGAGAGUGGGACUUGCUCAGUACAGUGACAGACCGUACCAAGAGUUCCUGCUCGGUGAAUAUUCAGAUAAGGGAGACCUGCACCAAAAGUUGAAUGAUCUCAUCUACCGUAAAGGACGCACCAACACUGGUCAGGCUCUGACUUUCAUCCGUGAGAAUUACUUUACACAGGCCAGAGAGAAAGUUCCUGGCAUUGCCAUAGUCAUCACAGAUGGGGAAUCAAAUGAUGAUGUGGAGGAACCUUCCCAAAGACUACGAAACCAAGGGGUUUCCAUCUUUGUCAUCAGGGUGGGAAAGGGCAAAAUGGAAAAACUGCGUACCAUUUCUAAUAUCCCACAUGAAGAGUUCUUAUUCAGUAUCGACAGUUAUCAAGAACUGCAAGGUCUAAAAGAAAGUAUACGCAACAAGGUGUGCUCAACUGUGACUCUACAGUCACAAGCUUUUGUGUCAAAAUUUGCUGAUCUCUUCAUAUUGGUUGAUAGUUCAGCAUCUAGACAAGAGCAGCAAAUAAUAAGGAAUUUUCUUCAAAGACUGAUCCUGCAGCUCAAUGUGGGAAAGAAUACUAAUCGUGUCGGCCUGGCUCAGUUCAGCGAAAAUGUCAAGGAGGAGUUCUUGCUAAAUACUGAUAAGACCAGGAAUGAGAUUUUGGCAUCUGUUCGCAGCCUGACACUGAGGCCUACAGGGGAGCGUAGAAUUGGCAAUGCAAUUGAAUAUGCUCGCAAAAAUUUCUUCAGUACUGCCACUGGAAGCCGAGUCUCUGAAGGCUUUAAGCAGUUUCUGUUAGUCAUUUCAGCUGGAGAAUCCGCCGAUGGUGUAAUCCAAGCAUCCCGCACAAUCAAAGAAGAUGCAGUGACAGUUUUUGCUGUUGGCUUGAACAAAGCUGAUGAACAUGAAAUGAAGCACAUCUCUAGUCAACAACACAACUACAAGUUAGUAGGUAACAUCCUAGAAGUGCAACAGAAAAUUAAGUUUGCCAUCGAGACGUGGGAAGUUGUGUCUGUUGCAAGGGAGUGCCUGUUUGACGUGGUGGCAGAUAUCACUUUUAUUGUGGAUCAGUCCAGCAGUAUCAGAUCCAAUAACUUCCAACUUGUACGUGACUUUCUCGAGAACACCAUCGGAGGUCUUGAUGUGGGUGAGGGAAAAAUAAAAAUAGCUGUGGUCCUCUAUAGUGACAUCCCUCGAGCGGAUGUGUACUUCAACACCUUCGAUGAUAAGACUGACAUCCUGCGCUAUAUCAGCAGCAUGCCAUAUGGUCGUGGUAAAACAAACACUGGAGCUGCUCUCACGUUUGCCAAAGAGAAAGUGUUCACCAAAGCAAGAGGCAGCAGAAGAGAUCAGAAUGUUCAGCAGGUUGCUGUUGUGAUCACUGAUGGAAAGUCAACAGAUGACGCCGCCAGUGCUGCGGCAGCAUUGCGGCGAUCUGGCGUCACUGUAUUUGCGCUUGGUAUCAAAGACACAGAGGAGGAGGACUUGAGAGAGAUUGCAUCCUAUCCAUAUAAAAAGUUUGUUUUCAAUGUGAAAGACUUUGAUAAACUAAAUUCACUUUCAAAUAUUUUAACCAGAACACUUUGCAAUGAAAUCACAGAUUCCAUCAUACCUACAGGCUCACAGAGCUUUGCAUUGCAAGGUUGUAAGGAUACAACCAAAGCAGACAUAUACUUUCUUCUGGAUGAAUCAGGAAGUAUAACCUAUGAUGAGUUUGAAGAUAUGAAGAACUUUACUAAGCAAUGGCUUGAAGCAUUUGAGGUGGGAAAUAACAAUGUGCGCUUUGGAUUGGUGAAAUUUGCAAGCCGUGCAACAAUAGUUUUCCGAUUGCAUGACUAUAACACAAAAGCUGAUAUUGAAAAGGCAGUGAAUGCCCUGAUUAUGGAGGGAGGGGGCACCAGGACUGAUCUGGGGUUGAGAAAAAUGAUCCCACUAUUCGAAGAAGCUGUACAGACACGUGGGGAAAAGGUUCGUAAGCUCCUGAUUGUCAUCACAGAUGGCGAGUCAAGAGCGACAGAAGAGUCGGUAGAAGUUCCUGCUAAAAUUUUGAGAACAGAAAAGAAUGUCACCAUUUAUGCAAUUGGUGUGAAAGAUGCAUCUUUGCCAGAGCUGGAAUUAAUAUCUGGCAGCCCACAAAGAACAUUUUUUGUCAAAAACUAUGAUUUCCUUGAUGAAAUCAAGAAAGACAUCAUUACAGAAAUAUGCUCCUUUGAAGGUUGUGAAGGUCUUUUUGCAGAUGUUGUCUUUCUGCUUGAUGGAUCAGAAAGCGUUCAUGCUGAGGACUUUGAAAAUAUGAAGGAGAUAAUGAAGCUUGUGAUACAUAAGUUUGCAAUUGGACUGGACAAGGAGCGUGUUGCAGUUGUUCAGUAUGGCACAAACACAAAGGAGGAGUUUUCAUUAAAUACAUUUGAUGAUAAAGAUGUAUUAUUACAGAAAAUUAGUAAUAUCAAACAGAUGUAUGGAAAAACGUACACUGGAAAAGCACUUACAGAAACAUUACAAUCUUUCGACAUUCCUAAAGGAGGACGCACCAGUGCUUUAAAGUUCUUAAUAGUUCUUUCAGAUGGAGAGAGUAGGGAUGAUGUAGCCGAGCCUGCUAAAGUCUUGAGAGACAGUUUCACCAACAUUAUUGCCAUUGGUAUGAAACAUGCAAACAGAUCACAGAUUCUUGCCAUUGCUGGAUCCCAUGAUCGAUUGUUCUUUGAAGACUCAGUUGCAUCCCUAAAAGAAUUAAGCAGUGACGUCCUUCUCAAGAUCUGCAACACAGAAUGCAAGACACCAGAACUGAUUGAUAUAAUCUUCCUUGUUGAUUCCUCUGGAAGUCCAAAUAAAGAUGGUUUCCGGGAAAUGACAAACUUAAUCAAAUAUACGGUGAGCAAAUCUGUGGUUGGAGAAAAGCGGGUACGAUUUGGCGCCAUCACCUACUCUGACAACCCUCAUUUAGAGUUCACACUAAAACAGUACUAUAGUCAAACUGAUAUUCUGAGGGUUAUCUCAAACCUCAAAGCUUCAGGAGGACGCAGAAACACAGCCCGAGCCCUGAAGUAUACACUCAACUACUUUGAGGAAACACAUGGCGGACGACGAGCAAGGAAUGUUGGCCAAGUGCUAUUCCUGAUAACAGACGGCAAGAUUAAUGACGUAAGUGGUCUGGCAACAUGGCCUGAAUCCCUGGCAAAUUCAGAGGUCAACUUUUUUGCUAUUGGUACUGAAGAAGCAGAUGCUGAACAGCUAAAGGAGAUUGUGGGAAGGAAAGGAAGAGUGCACUAUGCAAAAACAUACAAGGAUCUGCAUGGUCUACAAAAACGGAUCACCCGAGAGCUCUGCAAUCUUACCAAACCAAUUUGUGAGAUGGAGGAAUCAGACCUUGUUUUUUUAAUUGAUGGAUCAGAGUCUAUUCACGAACAUAGUUGGAAUACUCUCAAAAAAACCAUGAUUGACAUUGUGAAAGAGCUGGAUAUUGCUCAAGACAAAUGGCGAGUGGGUGUUGCCCAGUUCAGCGAUAUACUCCUGCAUCAAUUUUACCUGAACACAUACACUAGUUUUGCAGAAGUGGAGGAAGCUAUAAACAAAAUUAGACAACGAAAGCAGGGCACAAGUACUUGGGACGCCCUGAGAAAUAUUCGAUACUACUUCACAAAAGAGAAUGGAUCCAGAAUAGAUGAAGGAGUAGCUCAGAAUCUCCUGCUGAUCACAGAUGGAAAAGCUAAUGAUGACAAAGACAUGAAUGCAUUAGAGUAUCUCAGAAACAAGAAGAUAUCAAUAACUGCCAUUGGGAUCGGUGAUGAAAUAAAGAAAUCUGAGCUGCGUGAAAUAGCUGGAUCAGCUGAUCGGGUCAUUAUUGAGACUUUUGAAGGCCUUGAACUGAAGACAACCAUAAGGAAAGUGUUACAUUUACUCUGUAAAGACACAAGACCACUACCACAACCCCCACAUGAUUGUGAUAUUGACAUUGCCUUUGGAUUUGACGUGUCCAGACGAACAAGCACACAAACUCUGUUCAGACCUCAGGUGGAACAGUUGGUUUCUGCAGCCAUCCAUCGUAUCUCCAUGAUGGGUGAUCUGUGCUGCAUCGUAAAGGACAAGAUUACAACUAGAUUUGGCUAUAGGCUUGUGUCUGGGACAGAUGGGAGUGUUCUGGAAGAUUUUGGCUUUGAGAAGUACAGCGAGGAUGUGGUGGAGAAAGUGAUGUCAUGGCGACCUACUGCACCCCUGGACUUCAACAAGCUUCUGUUAGAUUCCUUCAGAGAAAAGUUAGCCUCUUCCAAAGCCAAGGCAAAGGUUUUGAUAAUCUUUACAGACGGGCUGGAUGAUAACAUUCAGCGUUUAAUGGCGAGUUCAGAGAGACUUAAGCAAAGUGGGGUCAGUGCACUGCUGAUUGUGUCUUUGGAGGGAACAGUAGAUUAUCAACAGCUGGAAUUUGGCAGAGGUUUCAGCUACCUGCAGCCACUGACCAUCAACAUGCUAAAUUUAGGCAACGCUCUUAUGAAACAAAUUGAAACAGUAGCACUGAGGGAAUGCUGCGAUGUGCCUUGUUCAUGCACUGGUGUACCUGGACCACGAGGACCCCCUGGAAAACCGGGUCAAAAGGGAUACACUGGUCAGAAGGGUCAUCCUGGAUUUCCGGGAGAUGAAGGUAGUAUGGGAGAGCGAGGACCACCAGGGCUGAAUGGAACUCAGGGACACAACGGUUGUCCUGGAAACAGAGGAAUAAAGGGCCAGAGAGGCUACAAUGGAAAUAAAGGAGAAGAUGGGGACGAUGGGCUGGAUGGAGUGAAUGGAGAACAGGGUGAUGCUGGCUUAAAUGGGCUUCCAGGACCUAAAGGAGACCCGGGCAGUGCUGGUGAGAAGGGUUUCAGAGGCAGUCUUGGACCUAAGGGACACGGCGGAGUGAGAGGAGAUCCUGGUGCACCAGGAAGAGACAGCACAAUUUCAGGUCCGAAAGGCGAGAGGGGAGAUACUGGGCUCCCGGGUGACCAGGGCACUACUGGACCCUCAGGCAGACCUGGGGAUAAUGGUGAUCCUGGUGCUCCAGGGAGAAAAGGCCGACCAGGAGCGCCGGGUGCAUCUUCAAAUGCCAAAGGAGAAGCUGGACAGCCAGGGCUUCCUGGUUAUCCUGGACAAGUGGGACCACCAGGCCCAAAGGGGUUUCAAGGAGUUGGUGGUCCUCCAGGUGUACCUGGAAUUCAGGGUCCCUUUGGCCCAACUGGACCUGAAGGUUCAAAAGGAGGUCGAGGACCCAGAGGACCAAGGGGUCCACCGGGUGACCCGGGGCUCAAGGGAUCACAGGGACCCGAGGGAUUCAAAGGACCUCUGGGACAAGAUGGAAGAGAUGGGUAUGGACCUGCGGGGCUCAAAGGACACAAGGGAAACAAUGGAUACUUUGGCCUCCCUGGUUUGCAGGGUGAGCAUGGUACCAAAGGAUCCAGUGGAAGUAAAGGACAUAAAGGUUAUCGAGGAAAACCGGGAAACACGGGACGUCCGGGUACUGAAGGUCCUCCAGGAGACAAUGGGAUGGAUGGACACAGGGGUGAAAAAGGUCCUCCUGGAAUCAAUCCAAUGCCUGAAUGUGACCUGGUCGAACACAUACGAAAAAACUGUCCUUGCUGCUCCGGUAAUGGUACCCAGUGUCCAGUUUACCCCACAGACCUGUUGAUAGCUUUGGACAUGUCUGCGGGUGUAACUCCUCAAGUUUUCCAGCGGAUGCGUUCUGCGGCUCUUUCCUUAUUGGAAGACAUUUCCAUUGCUGAAACAAACUGUCCACAAGGAGCACGGGUGUCUGUGAUCGCCUACAACAGCGAGUCCAGGAUCCUGAUCCGUUUCACAGACCACCUGAAGAAGAAGACCCUUCUGGAAGCUGUAAGAACAUUACCUCUAGAGAGAACCACAAAAACCAGAAACAUCGGACAAGCCAUGAGCUUUGUUUCUCGGAACAUCUUCAAACGUGUCCGAAGUGGCAGGUUAAUGAGGAAAGUGGCUGUGUUCUUCACAAACGGUCCGUCGAGGGAUGACUCGAGCCUUGUAACAGCCAUGCUGGAGUUCAAGGCUGCAGACAUUGGCCUCGGAGUGAUCGCCUUUAGUCCUGCUGAUGAUGUGACCCGAGCAUUGCAGGUUGAUGACACGGGAAGCUACAUUAUCGUUGAUGGCAGAGGAGUAAGUCGCAUUAAGCAGUGCAUCAUUUGUUUUGAUCGUUGUAACCCAGACCCAGUGUGUGGUGUAAUUCUGCGGCCUCCACCUCUGCAGAUGGAUAUGGAUAUGUCUGUGCUGAUGGAUGGGUCUGAUAACGUGAACACUCAACACUAUGCAAAUAUGAAGGAGCUUCUGGUGUCUCUGUUGGACCGGAUCGAUGUGAGCAGUGAACCGAGCAGAGCCGACAGAAAAACCAGGCUGUCCGUCUACCAGCAGAGCUCCGUUUAUGGCUCAUCUUACAUCAACGAGGAGUUCAGCUUCACUAAAUAUAAAGAUCGCAAUAUCAUGAAGAGGCAUAUUAAAGAUACAGUGAAGCAAGUGGGCGGGACAUCCCACCCUGACUUUGCUUUGGAGUGGCUGAUUACUAACGUUAUCCUUAAAGUAGAAAGACCACGAAGCAAACGAAUGGUCAUGGCUGUUUUUGGUGAAGAUUUUAAGCACAACAAAGCUCAGCUUGAUUAUUUGUCUAGACUGUGUAAGUGUCAGAAUGUUGUGAUGUUUAUUCUCAUGGCGGGACAGAGAUUCGACCGGACACAGAUGGAGGAGCUCACCAGUUCUCCUCUGGACCAGCACCUGGUGUUCCUGGAUGACAGAGGUUAUGGCACACGCUUCGCUUACGCCUUCCUGCAUAUGCUCCACAAAGGAAUCUUACCCCAGUCAUUAAUACCUACUCCUGAUUGUCGUGGGUUUGUGGUGAGGCCUGUUGAAACUGGACCACAAACCACAGAGAGUGCUAUUCUGCCCACUGAAGAGCCCACAGAAGCGUCCACCGAAGAGCCCACUGAAGAGCCCACCGAAGAGCUUUAUGAAGAGCUCACUGAAGAGCCCACCGAAGAGCCUUAUGAAGAGCUCACUCAAGAGCCCACCGAAGAGCCUUAUGAAGAGCCCACUGAAGAGCCUACCGAAGAGCCUUAUGAAGAGCUCACCGAAGAGCCCACAGAAGAACCUUAUAACUAUUAUGGAGAUGAGCAAAACAAAGAAUCAUUCAUUGAAGCCAGUCAAUAUGAUGACACUGAUCAAUAUAGAAAAGAGCACAGAAAGGACAAAAAGGACAAAAAGGAGCCCUCCAAGGCUAAAGCACGCUGCUUCCUUGAGAAAGAUUCAGGCCGUGUGUGUGGAUCGUAUAUGUCCAGAUGGUAUUACAGCCAGCAAACUAAGAAAUGCAUGCGCUUCUGGUAUGGUGGUUGUGGCGGAAAUGAAAACCGAUUCUUGACUGAGGAUGAGUGCUUUAAGGAAUGUGUGUCUACAGAAUCUGAAAAUCUUCCCAAGGAUGAUUCCAGUAUCAAGGACAUUUGCCAGCUCAUACUUGAUGCAGGAACUUGCUCAAACUUUUCAGUGAAAUGGUACUUCAACGUCAGCAGUGGUGAAUGUGUCCAGUUCUGGUAUGGAGGCUGUGACGGGAACAGCAACAGGUUCAACACUCAGGAGGACUGUGAGAUUCGCUGUCUCAGGGACAAAAAAAUAUCUCCAAACGUCUAAACUGUGAUGUCUAAUGAAUUUUAGCAGCUUCAUUCUUUCGUGAUCAUGAUCAUAUUCUCAUCACGAUUGUCAAAUGGCAGCCAUAGAAGCAGUUUUAGCUAUAUAUAUUUACAUAUUUAGCUAAAUGUAUAUUUAGCUAAAUUUGAGUGUAGGAAUGAUUUGAUUACAAAAGCAGAAUUUGUUUAAAGGUGAAGUUUCUAAUGAUGUGUCAUUAUUUGCACCAGAAAGAAAUAAUGCAAAAAAUAAUGAUUCAUUCUCAAUCAUUUCAGUAAUCGUUCAGUUAGACUCAAGCCACAGGUUGAGACAAUGUUGUUAGACAGCUUAAAUGUUCAGAUUGCAAUUCUGUUUGGUGCCAUUAGCAGUGCAGAGAAAAGACAAAAAAAAUAAAUAAAUAAAUAAAAAAUAAACCUUUAUUAAAUCUCAAUUUCACAAAAUUCCUUGACUGAGUUGGUGAUGUAAUUUUUGUAACUGUUAAGAGGAAUAAAAACACUAUGAAGAUAGGAGUGCAUUGUACACACGUCUGUUUAAGGA